GUGGGCGGGGCUAACGCGAGGCGUCCCGCGCAGUCUCCCUGUGCAGACGGCGUCCUUGGCGCGAUGGGGUGGCCGGCUGCGCUGUGCCUGGGGUUCAGGUUUAGUUCAUUUAGAAGAACCAGCGUCAUCCUGCAACACUUGAGGAUGUCAGGGUCUGCUGGGGCGGCCGGAGACGUGCUGUUCGGAAGGAAAGGCUGUGCCGGCGUGAUGACGCUGAACAGGCCCAAGUUCCUCAACACGCUGACUUUUCAGAUGGUGCAGCAGAUGUAUGCACAGAUAAAGAAGUGGGAGCAAGAUCCUGAAACUUGCCUGAUCAUUAUAAAGGGGGCUGGAGGAAAGGCCUUCUGUGCCGGGGGUGAUGUCAGAGAAAUCUCAGAGGCUGCAAAGGCAAAACAGGAGCUAUGCCGAGUUUUCUUCAGAAAAGAAUAUGCACUGAACUAUGCCAUUGCUUCUUGCCAGAAACCAUAUGUUGCCCUUCUUGAUGGAAUUACAAUGGGAGGGGGAGUUGGUGUCUCAGUUCAUGGACAAUUCCGAGUGGCUACGGAAAAGUGUCUCUUUGCAAUGCCAGAAACGAGAAUAGGACUAUUUCCUGAUGUGGGUGGAGGUUAUUUCUUGCCAAGACUUAAAGGAAAACUGGGCUACUUCCUUGGACUGACAGGAUUCAGACUGAAAGGCAGAGAUGUGUACAGAGCAGGAAUUGCCACGCACUUUGUAGAUUCUGAAAAGUUGCCCAUGUUAGAGGAAGAUUUGUCAGCCUUGAAGUCUCCUUCCAAAGAAAACAUAGCCGAAGUCCUAGGAACCUACCACGCAGAGUCGAAGAUUGAUCAAGACAAACCUUUUUCACUUGAAGAGCAUAUGGACAAAAUAAACAGGUGCUUUUCAGCCAAAACUGUGGAGGGGAUUAUGGAAAACCUGCAGCGAGAUGGCUCACCCUUUGCCUUGGAACAGUUGCAGGUAAUUAAUAAAAUGUCUCCAACAUCCUUAAAGAUCACACUACGGCAGCUCACGGAGGGGGCCUCCAAGAGCUUGCAGGAAGUGUUCACUAUGGAGUACCGGCUGAGUCAGAUGUGCAUGAGUCAUCAUGACUUUCAUGAAGGCAUUAGAGCUGUUCUAGUUGAUAAAGACCAGAGUCCAAAGUGGAAACCAGCUGACCUGAAAGACAUGACUGAUGAAGAGCUGGAUAAUUACUUUAAGCCACUGGGAAGCGGUGACUUGGUGCUCUGAGUAUCUUCAUCCCAACCCUCAGAAACCAAGAACUUUACAAAUAAAAAGCCAACAGGAGGGCAAGGACAUCAGAGGCCUGUGUCCUCCUCAUGGAUACAAAGAUCACAGCCCAGCCCUCCAUUUUCUUCCAGAAAGUAGAGGAACAGAUUUGGAAUGAAGAUGCUAUGAUACCGGACAUGUUUACAUUUAUAGUUGUAAAACUUUUAAACCUAAAUAAUUAAAAAAAUGACACGGGUGUUGAUUCACUUUA